AUGCAAGAUGUUGUAGUGAAGGUCAACGGCAAUCACAAUCAUUUGCCACAUCCAGAAAAUAUGGCAUUAAAAGAUUUUCGUACGAAGCUAAAACAACGUGUUAUGACAGAAACAACUCCAAUAACAAAGAUUUAUGAAGAAGAAGUUAUAGCAUCUGAGAUGCUACCACAAACAUUAGCAAUUAUGCCAUUAGCACGUGAACUACAACCAGGUUUAACAUAUGUUAGAAGAAAAAUGACACCAAUUUUACCUGAUUCAUCGGCGUUUGAUAUACCUGAAUCUUAUCAAAAAACUAAUAGUAAUGAAUUAUUUCUAGCUCGUGAUACAUUGAUACGAAGACGAGAAAGAAUGCUUAUGUUUUGUACUAAAGCACAACUAGAAUUAUUGUUCGACAGUUCGGUGGUGAUGAUGGACGGUACAUUUAGUGCCACUCCACCUUUUUUUGAUCAAAUUUACUCUAUACACGCUGUUAAAUUCAAUACUAGUAAUAAAUGUCUUCUCUUUAGUUUGCCAUAUUUUUAUUUUAUUGUAGGUUUUCCAUGUGUAUUCAGUAUAUUGCCCAAUCGCAAAAAAUAUACAUAUAUGGAAAUGUUUAAAGAAUUAAAAAGUUUAGCUGUACAAUCAGAUCGAACAUUUGAACCAACUCGUAUUCUAACUGAUUAUGAACCCAGCAUCAUCGAAGCAAUAUCAACGGAAGCAAGUAUUAAUUAA